AUGGGGAACUUCCAAGCAAAAGAACAUUUAAAAGGGCUGGAUAUUGAGACAGAACUUGAUGGCUCAACUCAUGAACAUGUAACAGUUCAUAAUUGGUUGACUAAAGAAUUAGACAAAGUACGACUGCAGAAAUUUUCUCAAGGUUUUCCAAAACCAAUUCAUAUACUACAACCCGUUGAUGCUGGCGGCGACGAUCAAUUGGUACAACGAUUGCAACAGAGUGUCACAAAUAAUAUUGAAGAACCUAUUCUACUUGUUCCAUAUAAUUUGGAAAAUUUUUAUUGGAGUGCAAUAUUCAUAGAAUUUAAAGAAAACCGACAAAUUCGGCGAGCUGAAUUUAUUGACCCAGUAAGGGAUUCAAAAUUCGAUCUUGAUAAGAUUCAAAAAGAAAUUGCUAAAUUCCACCCUGGUGUGAUUUUAUCUUCGAAACAAUUACAAAAGCAUGAAGAUCCUCAAAAGAGUGCACAACUAAUCAUUCAAAAUUUAAUAAAGAGUGUCGAAGAGUCUCUACUGACGGAUAUGUCAUAUCAAAAUACCAAUGAUUUACAGAAUCGUAUUGCUGACGAACAACAAAGCCAAACUUGUGUACUGGAAGAUCAGCAGUUUGAUUGUCAGAAUCACAUGUUCACCAAUGAAAUAUUAUCACAACUCCCAUGUAAUGAUAACAAGCUCAGUAAGUCAUACAACGCAUCUAAUAAUGUAGGGAUAGCUUGUAAAAACCAGCAUAUACGACAUUCCUUGAAAACGCAAUCCCGAAUAGAACAGCAAAUGGAUGAGAACGAACAACCAGGAACAUAUGUUCAGUCUGAAGUUAAGGAAAAUUAUUUCUAUUGUUUAAGCACUCACCAAGAAAUUAUGAAAGAGCUCUGUAGUACUGCAACUAGUGACUCGGUACUCUCAAUUAAUAACCACUCUCAGCUGCAACUGUGUACAUUACUAAAGAAACAGUUACGAGAUGGUUUGCACAAGCUCGAAAUUAGUGAUGAAAAAGAGUUAGAAGAGGAAAUAGUCAAAAAGAAACAAGAAGCUCAGAAUCUUGAAGAAAAAGGAAGGCAUAAUAUUGCAAAGAAACGACGAGAAUCUCUAUCAAAACUAGAAGAAGUUCAACAAUUAGUCGAUACAAUAAAAGCACAAGAGUCUCUCCUAUCAUUCGAUAAUCUAGAAGAAUUAAAAGCAACCUUAGUUAAUGGUCUUUUAGAACACGAUGCGAGUGACAAAACAGGAUUGAAAGAGAAGAUUAUAAAAAAGAAGCAAUAA